AUGAAUGUAGAAAAGACAUUCAAACAGAAUGGUGUACUUGAUUUAGAGGAUGGUAUCAUUAUAAAGACACAGACUGAGAAGGAUAUUCCUAAAUCAGAACAACAGAGAAAGAUAAAGGUCAACUUCUAUUUAGAACUUGUAUUACCAAAGCAUGGUAAAUGCAAUGUACAGAAUGAGAUACUAUUCUUCCCCGAGCAACCAAUAUCCGAUGUCAAGAAAGCAUUGAGUCAUGUAGUUGGAUAUGAACCCAAGGAUAUAAUUAUAUUAAAGAAUAGAGUUGUACUUCGAGAUGAUAAAUCAUUGAAGGACAGUGGCAUUGUUGAUAAUGAUGCUCUGGAACAUAAGAUAGUGCCUGGUGCUGCAUCAAUCCCAACUAGAUUCUCAAUUCCAGGUCUAACUCAUUGA